AUGUCAUAUAACUUGCUAAAGAUAGCCCUUGUUAUCUUAGAUAACCCGAACCAAAUACCCCUUAAAAGGCUCCAUGAAGAAAUGCUCGUGACGACCAAUCCACAGAGUAGCUUGACUCCGCAGAGGAGCAACCUUGAGGAUAUUGAGAAUCCUCUCUACCUUAGCAGCAAUGAGAACGCCAAUGCGAUUCUUGUCAAUCCGCCGCUUACAGGUAGCGUUAAUUACGGUUCCUGGAAUAUCUCCAUGCGCGUAGCCUUGGAGGUAAAGAACAAAUGGAGUGUGGUUGACGGUAGCAUCACAACGCCGGACAGGACGAGCUCACAAUAUGCCGCCUGGAGAAGGUGUAAUCUGAUGGUUUGCUCUUGGAUCCGCAAAUCUGUUCAUCCGACCAUAGCUCAAAGCAUAAUGUAUAUGGAUAAAGCUAGGGAGGUCUGGAACGAUUUAAGCAGAAGGUUCUCCCAACAAGAUCCACAUCGGAUCUCAAUUCUACAGUCUGAAAUAUACUCAUUGAAACAGGAAAAUUUGACGGUGAAUGAUUAUUAUACAAAAUGCAAAACUCUAUGGGAGCAGAUGAAUGAACUGCAACCUUUGCCUAUUUGCAAGUGUGAUCCACGGUGCUCCUGUGAUCUAGUGGAUCAAAUCAGAAACGAACGAGAAGUUGAUCAAAUUAUCAGAUUUUUGCAAGGCCUAAACGAAGACUAUAACUCUCUCAAGUCAGGUGUUCUCGUCCUCGAUCCGCUGCCGGAAAUGCACAAAGUUUUCGUCAUGGCUGAGAAAUUUGAGAGGCAACUGAAUAUUGUGAAUCUGAAUUUAAGUGGCCUAGAACUUGGUCACGCCAACUCCAUUCAAACUAAUCAAGCUGAUCAGGCCAACACAGGAGAUAUUGUUGCAGCUGUUAAUCAAUUCGGCAACCGGAGGAUCAUGAACGCAUCUGGUGGAAACAAAGCACCUAAGUGCACCUUUUGUGGCAUGACCGGACAUACAGUAGAGAAAUGCUACAAAAAGCAUGGAUAUCCAUCGGGGUGGAUUCCAGGCUUUAAAUCAAAAGGCAAACAGCAGAUUGCAGCAGCUACGAGCAUUGACAGCAGCGGCAACGUGACUUCUGAUCAACUUCAAAAGUUGAUUUCUCUUCUUUAA